CUCACCGACCGCCACUCCACGGCCGCCACCGACGCGGCGCACGCGGAGCAGAACCGCCUCCGCCGCGAGCAGGAGCCCGCCUACCAGAUCACCUUCACCUGCAAGCCGUGCGGCGGGCGGUCGUCGCACCGCAUGUCCAAGCACGGCUACCACCGCGGCACCGUGCUGAUCCAGUGCCCCACCUGCAGCAAUCGGCACGUCAUCGCCGACCACCUAAACAUCUUCUUCGACGAGAAGAGCACCCUCGAGGAUAUCCUGGCGCGCCAGGGGGACAAGCUGAUGCGCGGGUACACCAAUGGGGAUAUGGAGUUCUGGGAGAAUGGGGAGGUGAAGGAGGCGGAGGCUGCGGAUGGAAAGAACAAGGGUGAGGCUGGGCAGGCGCAGGGU